ACCGGCUGCUGCUCCGCUCCGUUACCGACGUCUCUGGUCGCUGGUUCGAGUCCCUAAAACCCGCGUUUAUCCGAGCGGCACCGGCCUGCCGGCGGGGCGACAUGUCCGACAACAUCAUCGUUAGGGUUCAGUCCCCGGAUGGGAUGAGGAAGAUCUCGGCCACCAAGAGGGAGACGGCAGCUGCUUUCCUCAAGAAGGUGGCUAAAGAGUUCGGCUUCACCACAAACGGGUUUUCUAUUUAUGUAAACCGGAACAAGACGGGGGAGAUCCAGUCGCAGAACAAAUCCCUGAGUCUGCUGAAGAUCAAGCAUGGGGACAUGCUGUACCUCUAUCCCUCUGCCGCUGCUUCCUCCUCCUCCUCCGGGGAGGUGAUGGACACCAACACCUCCCUCUCCGUUCCCUCCAUCCCGUCCUCCUCCUUCUCCUCCUCCUCCUCCUCCUCCUCCUCCUCCCUCAUCCCUCGCUCCUUCUCAACGCUGCAGGUCCAGGAGGACGAGAUCGACCAGUUUUUAGCCAAGCAGGACGGCAAGAUCUACCGGAACAAAGACCCGCAGCUGUGUCACCACGGAGCCCUGGGGAAGUGUGUCCACUGUGUACCGCUAGAGCCUUUUGAUGAAGACUACCUGAACCACCUGGACCCGCCGGUCAAGCACAUGUCAUUCCACGCUUACCUGCGCAAGCUGACCGGAGGAGCCGACAAGGGGAAGUUUGCAGCUCUGGAAAACGUCAGCUGUAAAAUCAAGUCCGGCUGCGAAGGUCACCCUCCCUGGCCGGAGGGAAUCUGCACCAAGUGCCAGCCCAGCGCCAUCACGCUCAACAGACAGAAGUACCGUCACGUGGACAACAUCAUGUUUGAGAACCACACCAUCGCCGACCGGUUCCUGGACUUCUGGAGGAAGACGGGCAGCCAGCGGAUGGGCUACCUGUACGGCCGCUACACGGAGCACACGGACAUCCCGCUGGGCAUCCGGGCCGAGGUGGCGGCCAUUUACGAGCCCCCCCAGAACGCCACCCAGAACAGCCUGGAGCUGGUGGACGACCCCAAAGCUGCCGCAGUGGACGAGAUCGCCGCCAAACUCGGCCUCUGCAAGGUGGGCUGGAUCUUCACCGACCUGGUUUCCGAGGAUACCAGGAUAGGAACAGUCCGCUACUCCAGACACCAGGACGCGUACUACCUGAGUGCAGAGGAAUGCAUCACGUCUGGAUACUUCCAGAACCAACAUUCAAACCACUGCAGACUCUCCAGAGACGGAUUCUUCGGGUCAAAGUUUGUGACCGUCGUAGCAACAGGUGGGCCGGACAACCAGGUCCACUUUGAGGGCUACCAGGUGUCCAACCAGUGCAUGGCUCUGGUCCGGGACGAGUGUCUCCUUCCCUGCAAGGACGCGCCGGAGCUCGGCUACGCUAAAGAGUCCACGCCCGAGCAGUACGUGCCCGACGUCUUCUUCAAGGAUACAGACAAGUUUGGAAACGACGUCACGUUUCUAGCUCGGCCUCUUCCUGUGGAAUACCUCAUCAUAGACAUAACCACAACGUUUCCAAAGGACCCCCAGUACACCUUUACCUCCACGCAGCGCUAUCCCAUCGAGAACCGGGACAUCAUCGGUGAGACACAAGAUUUCCACAGCUUAGCCACGUACCUGUCCCAGUGUUCCUCCACGACAUUCCGGGACAUCGUGUCGGACUUCCAUCUCCUUCUCUUCCUGGUCACCAAUGAGGUCAUGCCUCUCAGAGACAGUAUCGGGCUGCUACUCGACGCAGUGAAGACGUCCAACGAGGACUUGGCCCAGACGUGGAAGAAGUCUGAGCAGUGGGCGACGAUCGAGCAGCUCUGCAGCACGGUGGGGGGGCAGCCGUCCAGCUCCCAGGGCUACGGGGCCAGCGGGGGCCCCUCGGUUCCCGCGCCGUCCUCAGCCAUCUGGUCCUGCCUCCACUGCACUUUCAUGAACCAGCCUGGAACUGAGCACUGCGAGAUGUGCAGCCUGCCCCGCAGCUAAGCCCCGCCCCCUUCACCCCCCGGCCCCGCCCUGAGUCCUGCACCAGGCCCGGACCCCCCGGAGCCCCCCCGGGGCCCCCUGGCCCCCCACGUCACUCCCGGCUCGCAGGCGGCUGCACCUUCACCUGGUUCCCCGAGUAAAAUUCAAAUCAGACUGAUUUUCAUUUUGUAUCUCGUCUGUCGACGCGGCAGUUUCUUGUUUUUAAGCACUUCUUCUUUCUGAGGCCCCGGCAACCAGGACCCCUCCCCUCCUCCUCACGGCCCCCCGGGACCUCCCCGGGGCCCCUGGGACCCCCCGGGGGCUCAGGACAGCAGCAAACACCUCUCAACGGGGAAAGUUACUUUAAUUUAAAUGUGUUUUUUCUUCUUUUGUGUGAACAGAUUGUAGCAGAAACCUUAAGGUCCUGGUCCUGGUCUGGGUCUCUGAGGGGCCCCGACAGUCCAAUCCCCUGUCAGGCCCCAGAUGGACGGAGAGAGAGAGAGGUUAUAUUUUUAGUGAUGAGUUUGCCCCCCCCCUCCAGAUCCGUAUUUAACUUCUCCGGAGACGUUUCCCUGGUUUUUGCUUGGAGUCGUUGAACUUGAGCAGCAGGAUAUGUAGCUCCUCAGCUGGCGUUUCCACGGUUACCUGUGACCCGUAGCUCCUCCCCCGCUAACAUCCAGACGGCGUCAGGGAUGUCGAGCGAAGGGGAAGCAGAUUCUCUUCCUCCGUCUCAAACCCGGCUGAGCUUUUUAACACGACGCUCCCGGACGUCUCGAAAGACGAGCUGCACGUUUAUCGGCGGUGACCGACUUCCUUCCAGCCGCUGGGACGAGUCAGGACGUCUCAAGAUAUCUAGAGACGCGUCAAGGUGUCUAAAGAUGUUUCAAGGUGUCUAGAGAUGUUUCGAGGUGUCUAGAGAUGUUCCGCGUUUUCUAAAGACGUUCCGCGUUUUCUAAAGACGUUCCGCGUUUUCUAGAGACGUUUCGCGAUCUCUAGAGACGUUUCGAGGCGUCUAGAAAUGUUUGGAGGCGUCUAGAGACACAUCAAGAUGUCUUCUUCGGGUUAGGGUUAUGGACGUAUCGGUGUCAGCAGGUUCCCCGGUAACCGACCCGUCAGACGGAGCAACAACCUGGUCGGUUAAACGUCCUCCAUCGACCAAAACGUCCUCACGUCUCUAAACAAAGAUCGUGUUAAAGAGGACGAGCUGCUCGUUUCCUUCAACCAGCCGUCUCCUGAUUCAGGCCGUCGGUCUCCAUGACGACAGACCAGGUCCA